AUGACCACCAUCUGUCCUAGCGGCACUCGUCAUGUAGAGAAUAGGCCUUUGCCGAGUCAGCGGCCUCGUCAAAGGGCUUGUAUGGGUACGACUGCGCAGGAGAUAUUGAGUUUGGAUGUGGUCCCGAGGGGCUAUGAUACCGACAUGCCUUUCACUAUCAUUAUUAUUUGA